UUGGGACAAUAGAUGUCAGCGGGUCCUUGGAUGCUGCUGCUGAUGCAGCCUAUGGUGCGUGAUUGCAUUGCAUUGUUUAUUAUUGAGAGGCAGCUGACACGAAUCUGGAGGAAAAGAGCAUCCCUCCUUACGCUGUUCAUGACCUCCUCGUCUCCUCUCUGUCAGUCGGCACGUUCCUCACAUAUCAUGCUAAGGUGGCUUCUACCAGCUUUUUCCCCUCACUUGGUGCGCACACGGUUUGAGCGUACGUGCCUACCAUGAGUGUUAUGGUGAAUCGGACUGUCAAUGCAGCGAGAGAAGGCAUAUCUAAACUAAGGUAAUGAUCGAGAGAGGAGCCUCUUCCUGUAUUUGCACCAGAAGAGCCACAGCCGCCCGUGUCAUGUGUAUCAGUGUAAUGCUUUCAGGGUUUGAGAUUAGCUCCAGACUGGUCGCUCUCACUCACAGAUAGGGAGCUGUGGGGUUUGUGGCAAUACUUCUCAACAAUAACCAUCGUAUUCUGGACAUCUAUUGCAUUUGAAAUUGUUCGUUCCGUCUCAAUGUCAUAAUGGACAGGUUGCACUCCUCCAUGCGUAAAAGGCUCUACAGUUUGCCACAGCAUAUUGGACAGAAAGCUUCUAUUAUGGGCGAAGGAGAAGACGGCGACAAGGACACCCGGAGGAAGAGUAUUAGGAUGAAACCCUUGCCGUCACCAACCUCCAGAGGAAGCUUCAAAGGCAUUGGGGAGACCAGAAGUGGAGACACGGUGAUCAUGGAGACGGACAUUGGAAGACCAACGAAGACCAGUUUAAACGGAGAUUGUCGGAGAUUUCGUGGCAGUCUCUCCUCCAUCACCAGUCGGCAUGUGCACGACUCAGACUCGGCGGAGCAGAGGCGCCUCAUCACGGAAGGGGACGUCACCCCGAGCGAGGAGAGCCCCCCCGGAGCUAUUGGCGGCGGGGUGGACCAGGGUGCGCAAGGCGCCAGCGGGGGUGGUGCUGGUGGUGCCCAACAUGCUUCUCUUGACCAGGAAUCAGGGUUCAUAAAGUUGGAUGGCAUUGAUCAAAUUUUGCCAGACGACGAGAGAUUGUACCAGGCAGGAUUCAUACACAGGCAGUUUGGGGCAAUGCUGCAACCGGGGGUCAACAAGUUCUCCCUAAGGAUGUUUGGGAGCGAAAAGGCGGUGGAACGGGAACAAGAGCGGGUUAAAUCCGCCGGAUUUUGGAUAAUUCACCCUUACAGUGAUUUCAGGUUCUACUGGGACCUGACCAUGCUGCUGCUGAUGGUGGGGAACCUGAUCGUCAUCCCGGUGGGCAUCACCUUCUUCAAAGACGAACACACGCCCCCCUGGAUCAUCUUCAACGUGAUCUCAGACACCUUCUUCCUCAUGGACCUGGUGCUCAACUUCCGCACGGGCAUCGUCAAGGAGGACAACACCGAGAUCAUCCUGGACCCACAACAGAUCAAGAUCAAGUACCUGAGGAGCUGGUUCGUGGUGGACUUCAUCUCCUCCAUACCUGUGGACUACAUCUUCCUCAUCGUGGAGACGCGCAUCGACUCAGACUUCUACAAGACGGCCCGGGCGCUGAGGAUCGUCCGCUUCACCAAGAUCCUCAGCCUGCUCAGACUGCUCAGGCUGUCCAGGCUCAUCAGAUACAUCCACCAGUGGGAGGAGAUCUUCCAUAUGACCUAUGACCUGGCCAGUGCCAUGGUGCGUAUCGUCAACCUGAUUGGUAUGAUGCUGCUGCUGUGCCACUGGGACGGAUGUCUGCAGUUCCUGGUUCCCAUGCUGCAGGACUUCCCCCAGGACUGCUGGGUGUCCAAAAACAAAAUGGUGAACGACACAUGGGGCCAGCAGUACUCCUACGCCCUGUUCAAAGCCAUGAGCCACAUGCUGUGUAUCGGGUACGGCAUGUACCCUCCUGUGGGCAUGACGGACGUGUGGCUCACCAUCCUCAGCAUGAUCGUGGGCGCCACCUGCUAUGCCAUGUUUGUGGGUCACGCCACUGCACUCAUCCAGUCUCUGGACUCCUCCCGUCGGCAGUACCAGGAGAAGUACAAACAGGUUGAGCAGUACAUGUCAUUCCACAAGCUGCCGGCUGAUAUGAGGCAGAGGAUCCAUGACUACUACGAGCAUCGCUACCAAGGCAAGAUGUUUGACGAGGAGAGCAUCCUGGGAGAACUCAACGAGCCACUCAGAGAGGAAAUCAUUAACUUUAAUUGUCGAAAGCUGGUGGCUUCCAUGCCACUGUUUGCCAACGCGGACCCCAACUUUGUGACCUCCAUGCUGACCAAGCUGCGCUUCGAGGUGUUCCAGCCUGGAGACUACAUCAUCAGAGAGGGCACCAUCGGCAAGAAGAUGUACUUCAUCCAGCACGGAGUGGUCAGCGUUCUCACCAAGGGCAACAAGGAAACCAAGCUCUUAGACGGAUCCUACUUCGGGGAGAUCUGUCUGUUGACGCGGGGUAGAAGAACAGCCAGCGUCAGAGCAGACACCUACUGCCGUCUGUACUCUCUGUCUGUGGACAACUUCAACGAGGUCCUGGAAGAGUACCCCAUGAUGAGACGGGCCUUCGAGACCGUGGCUCUGGACCGGCUGGACCGCAUAGGGAAGAAGAAUUCCCUCCUGCAGCACAAGGUGCAGCAUGACCUGAGCUCCGGCGUUCUCAACUACCAGGAGAACGAGAUCAUCCAGCAGAUUGUGCAGCAUGACAGAGACAUGGCCACCUGCGCCCACCUACUCCAGAACAUUCCUCCACCUCAGCCCCCGUCUUCGGGGCACACCCCCGUCAUCUGGGCUCCCCUCAUCCAGGCACCCCUGCAGGCUGCUGCCGCCACCACUUCUGUUGCCAUCGCCUUGACGCACCACCCCCACCUCCCACACCUCCCCGCCGCGCUCUUCCGCCCGCCGGUCACGGUCCUGGGCUCCAGGAACCUCCAGGACCCUCCCCCUGAUCGGCUGAAGAAGUUCCACACGUGGGCGCCCACCUCCUCCAUGGGGCCUGACUCCCCUUCCAGCACCCCAUCUAAACUGCACUGCUCUGGGAUGGACACAGCCCUGCUGGCCUCCUUCCGGGCCCACCACACGACUCAGGGGUCAGGGGCAGCCAGCUCCAGUCAGCAGGCGUCCAGCAGCAGUGGAACCCAGCCUGGGCCUACCGGGGCCUCCGCCUUUCCCUUUGGGCCUUUCUCCUCCUCUGGGGGCUCUCCCUCCCACAGCACGGCCCAGAGCACGGCCCAGCUUCACUCACAGCCCCAGACGCAGCAGCCAUUCCGCUGCACCACCCCGCCUCUCGCUGCCCUCUUCCAGCAGGGAGCCAUGGGGGGAGCCGUGGGGACAGGGAUGGGUGGAGCAACAGGGGGAGCUAUAGGGGGGGCUACAGGUUGGUCUUCAGGAGGCGCUACCGGAGGUGAAAUAGGGUGGGUUGCUGAGGGGGCCACGGGUGGGAAAAUAAGAAGGGCCACUGGUUGGGGUAGACGUGGGUCUAUAGAAGGAUAUACUACUGGAGGGCAUAUAGGAGGAGCCACUGAGGGGUAUUCAGGAGGGGCUAGUGGUGGGCACAUUAGAGGAACUAGUGGAGGCCAUAUAGGAGCUGGUGGAGCAAUGGGAGGGGCAGCUGGAGGGCAUAUAGGAGAGGCAAUGGGAGGGGCUACAAGUGGAAUGACAAUUGGAGUUCUGGGUACCUCUAGUUCUGGUUGUAGUAUCAGCCCCCAGUCCACUGGUUCAUCCAGCAACAUGAACCCCUGUCAGCUGCUCCACAGCCAGCUGCCCCCCAAGCCUCCACAGGUGGGCUCCCUGCAGCAGUUUGCAGGCGGGGGUAGGACUCCUUGUGGGUUCUACCACCUCCCCCCUCCAGGCUCCCCAUCCUCCUCCUCCACCCAGCAGGCCCCAGAGGGCUCCCCGUCUCCCCUGACUCAGUUCAGCCUGGCAGGCUUACAGUCUGGCCUGGUCCCUCAGCUGUCCCUGGAGAGGUCUGCCCUGGCCUCGUUGGCCCAGUACGGCUCAGGUAACGGCUCGCCCUGCUACACCCCCCUGGGGCCUAGCCCCACGGUCCAAAGCCCAGUCACAGGAAGGACUUUCCACUACAGUGACUCGUCCAGUGCCACGGGGUCCCACAGCUCUCUGCUCAUGCCCCAGACCUCCCUCCCCAGCCAGCAGCACACAGCCGGCAGUGAGUCUCUGCUGGGGCUGGGCAGCUUCUCUGAGGAUAUGAAACUAUUGUCCUGUUCUAACCCCUCCCUGCCCCAGGAUGUGGCCCAGGCCAUGGGAUACUCCUCACUCCCACGCUCCUCACCCCCUCGCACCUCGCCCCCACGCUCCUCCAUGGAGCCAGGAUACUGCCUCUCCUCGCCCUACUCCUCCCCCAUCCUAGUUCCAAAACCCUGUAGCUCGGUGUCAGGGCACAUGGCUCCUCCUGUCCCUGCCCAGAUGUCUCCAGGACACCUGCAGCACCAGACUCAGUCCCCCGUGGCCUCCCCGGCCCUGCCGCCACGGAAAGGCUCGGCAGCCCACUCUGAACUAGAACCUGUCCGCUCCAAACUAACCUCCAAUUUGUGAGGUUUGAUCACACCCUCCUGUGCACCCUCCCUGGACUAGUACACAAACGAUCUUCCUGUAUGAUGUCAUUCUUUUUUAGGCUUCACUGUGUUCUAAUCGUUAUCAUUUCCACCAUCUUAAUAUUACUGUGAUUUUAAAAGAUGACACUUAACCAGGUAACUUCGAGCUCCCUAGUCUACUGCUCUUUCUUUGUUUUUGUUUUGUCCUCGUCCCUUUUUUAUUCAUGCGUAUAUACAUAGAAAUAUAUUUAAAAUAUAUGCUAAUCAAGGGACAGGAGGGUGUGAACAGAAAAUGAUAUCCAUUUAAGAGAUGGUCAUUUCUUUGUUUCUAACUAUGCCAAAUUCAUAUGAUGGGGUUUGGUUUGAUGGUUAGAUUGACAACACAAUAGUACUUUUUUGCAGGAACCUAUGCACUAAUACCUGCAUGUAUAGAAGCUUUUUUGUGUGUUUUAAAAGAACAGAAUCAACCAUUUCAGCGGAAAAUACAUGCUUCAAUAAGAGCAGACAAUGUAUUUUUUCAUCCUAUACAGGAUCACAUAUUGUUGAUCCUUAAUCAUCUAUUAUCGAUUAUAUUACUUAUUUAUCCACUGUAUAGACUUUACGAAACCUUCCGAGGUGGAGAAGAGAUUUUAGGAAACCAAAAAGACUUGGGGUGAUCAAUCUGCCUCCUCUUUGGCCUGUGUGUCGUUGUAUUGUCGUAGUAUUGGGGGGUGUUGAGUGGGCUACAGGCCCUCCAUCCCUGUAGUGAGACAGUAUGAUGUGUUAGUGAUAGGCUUCCUGCAGUGUCCUCAACCCUGUCCUAACAAAUUCACUUUGUCUUCCAAGCUCAUCAUGCCGCAAAUGUUUUGGAUGGACAAGGACAAGUUGAGCCCUGCAAUCUGUGUGCUAGUGGACAGAGUGUGUGCAUUUAUGUGUGUGUGAUAGUGACUGAGUGUGAGUGUGUGUUUGAGUGUGUGUCUGUGUGUUUAAGAGAUAGAGAGAAAGAGAGGGAGAGUAGUCUAAUGCAAGGCAAGAGCUUGCCAGACUAACCAAGGGGGGUUUUGCCUUUUCACAAAACUAGGACUACCAUCCCAGCUUGUGUGUGGAGUUGUGUACCUCCAGGACCCUUCAAUCUCUCAAUGCUAGAAAAGACUACACUCACUAGUGCUCCCAGAGCCGUCAAUCACACAUACUUCACAGUCAGAUAAUGUAGCAAACACACAGGAAAUAGACAAUUUGGACAUAAGCAAUUACGUUUAUUAUUGUAAUGAUAUCAGAUACCUGUGUGCUGCUUGAUAGAAAAGAUCUUACCACUCCACAUUACUAUCCACAGCUGCUAUACGGUCAACGUAGACAUUCUCCCACAUUGAAUGGCAGUGUUCAGUUAAACAUGUUGAAUGUAUGUACAUUUCAUUUAUUUUUGUUUAGAAUAAAUAUGGGUUAUGCAGUUUUACAUCAAGGAGGUACAGACAGGAAGACGGGUCAUGACAGAAUAGAAAUGGUAGUUGUGGACAAUUUCAUAGUCCUGUAUGUUGAGAUUAAUCCCAGCGGACAAGAAUGGUUGAAAUUACAUAAUUCCAGCCAGAUAACAUGACGUAAUUUCAACCGAAUAUCUUGACGUCAUUUCAACCAGAUAACAUGACGUCAUUCCAUCCAGAUAACAUGAUGUCAUUCCAUCCAGAUAACAUGACGUAAUUUCAACCGAAUAUCUUGACGUCAUUUCAACCAGAUAACAUGACGUCAUUCCAUCCAGAUAACAUGACGUCAUUCCAUCCAGAUAACAUGACUUCAUUCCAUCCAGAUAACAUGACGUCAUUCCAUCCAGAUAACAUGACUUAAUUUCAACCAGAUAACAUGACUUCAUUCCAUCCAGAUAACAUGACGUCAUUCCAUCCAGAUAACAUGACGUCAUUCCAUCCAGAUAACAUGACUUCAUUCCAUCCAGAUAACAUGACGUCAUUUCAACCAGAUAACAUGACGUCAUUCCAUCCAGAUAACAUGACGUCAUUCCAUCCAGAUAACAUGACGUCAUUUCAACCAGAUAACAUGACGUCAUUCCAUCCAGAUAACAUGACUUAAUUUCAACCAGAUAACAUGACGUCAUUCCAUCCAGAUAACAUGACGUCAUUCCAUCCAGAUAACAUGACGUAAUUUCAACCAGAUAACAUGACGUCAUUUCAUCCAGAUAACAUGACGUCAUUCCAUCCAGAUAACAUGACUUAAUUUCAACCAGAUAACAUGACGUCAUUUCAUCCAGAUAACAUGACGUCAUUCCAUCCAGAUAACAUGACUUAAUUUCAACCAGAUAACAUGACGUCAUUCCAUCCAGAUAACAUGACGUCAUUCCAUCCAGAUAACAUGACUUAAUUUCAACCAGAUAACAUGACGUCAUUGCAUCCAGAUAACAUGACUUAAUUUCAACCAGAUAACAUGACGUCAUUCCAUCCAGAUAACAUGACGUCAUUCCAUCCAGAUAACAUGACGUCAUUUCAACCAGAUAACAUGACGUCAAUUCAACCAGAUAACAUGAUGUCAUUUCAACCAACCAGCUGUAUGCCUGGCUGUAUGUUCUGUAUAGACAAGUAGCAGUAAUCACCUCUGCCUCUCUCCACAGCCCAUCAUAAGGAGCAGCAUGUUACCCUGGGUUCAGACAGCUAGGUCCAUCUCUAUCUCAGUCACACCACUCAGCCACAACACUCUUUUUUAACAACACCUCUGACCCGUGUAAGGCCAGCAUGAUCUUGUUGACAGAAGUGCACAGUGACCACACUCUAGUCUCUCAUUACUACCUCCCUCAGCAGACCUGUAACAAGGGCUAAUCACACACACACACACCCAUGCACAUGCAUACACACACACAAGCCAUGACAGUCUCCCAGUGCAAAUUGCAGUGCUGAAUUGAAUUCAUUUGAACAGGACAGUAAGAUUUCUAUUGAUUAAAAGGGCUUUUAAAAUGAGUUCUGUUCUCCCAUUGGAGUGAAUGCAGAUCUAAAGUAUCGGUUUUAAAUCGUCUCUCUUUCUCUCUCUCCCUCUGUUUGUUGUUGUUGUUUUACACCUGGUCUCCGUCUGCAGCGAGGCGCUAUCUAUCUAGAAAGCUCUGAAAUAUUUAUUCACUAUGGGUGUCUGUCUGACGUGUGGCACCUGCCUCUCUGACAGGUCGGCUGACGGUGGGAAACCCACAGACAUCACCUCAGACAGACAAACAGACAGGAAGGGAGGGAGGGAGGGGGAUGCGUUUAUUCUCUCAGAUAGAACACUCAGCAGCGUGAUUGGCUGGACACAGGGAGGGAACAGGGAAGUGAUCAGCUCCAGUGGAGGAAUAUUGAUGUCUAUAGUGUGUACAGUGCAAUCGUUAAAGCCUGUGACUGCUGGAGCUGUUAAAACACGAAGCUAAUAGACUGCCGUGGCUGUUUCACAUCUGAACAAAAAACAACAAGAACCUCAAUCGGUUUGUUUAUUUUCCACAAUAUGACCUCAUUAAGUCUGAGUUGGGAAAUGUGACUACUUUGGAUCGGGGUUGAGGGAGCUAGUGGUUGAGACAGAGGAGUAAAUGUGAGGAGACUCUGAUAGAUUGAAGGAAUGACGUGGUUGGACAGACGGUCAGGGCGCUGACAGGUAGACAGGCAGCCCAUGGGGUGCGCAGGCUGACGAGCUGCUUGUUUUCUGGGGGACGUUGAAGGCACGUCACCCCUGCCUUAUGAUUGUUCCUGAGCGCUCGUGGAGGUUUGUGGGAGGCAGGAGGAUAUUGAUUUGUGGGUAUUUGAGGCAGCUUUGGGUGUUGCUGAGGUAACGGUGUGUGUGCCUGUGCGUUUGUACAUGUGCGUGUGUCUGUAGGAGAGAUCUCAGCCCAGCGUGUUCAGCCCAGUGCCAGGGUCGAUGUCUGGGAGUUGUCGGUGUCUGAAGAUGGGUGGGCAGGGAAGGCACAGGUCAUGGCUUAAAGAGAGAUAGGCACAAGACAGUGAUCGAUUAGCUGGGUCUGGACCUGCCCUUGAAGACCUGGGCCAUUAUCACAGAUAAGGAGGUGCAUAGUGUGUCAAUCAUUCCAGUCUGUCGUUCAGGGAGCUGUCAGUGUCCCGUCUGAAUGUACAUGACUCUGUCUCUCACCUAGGCCACACCUCCCUAACACUGAACUGUCUGGUCUUCCUUUGAUGCUAUUUAUUCUUCAAGUGGAUUAUGUUGUCUUUGGCCAUGUCUACACUUGACACUUACAUGCGACUUCUGCUAUCAGAAUAGGAAGAUCGAAUUGAAGAGACUGGUCUAGAUGCACAAAAGUUCCAUUGUGGCCUGGUUGUGUUCAGAUCUGCCUGACCACUUCAGGAGGGAGUCAGGGAUGCAUUAUGCGCAGAUUUCUCCUCAGUCUGGACACAAUCAGGCUACCGAAAGUGCAUGCAGUGAGAGACAUCAUCAGCACUCUGCCCACAAGUCUCCAGAAAACUGUGUUUUGGGUGCGAGAGGCCCCUUUUCAUAAUAAUGUUGGAGGAAAUACAAUACCGGUCAAAGGUUUUAGAACACCUACUCAUUCAAGGGUUUUUAUUUAUUUUUACUGUGUUCUAAAUUGUAGAAUAAUAGUGAAGACAUCAAAACUAUGAAAAAACACGUGGAAUCAUGUAGUAACCAAAAAAGUGUUAAACAAAUCUAAAUAUAUUAUAUAUUUGAGAUUCUUCAAAUAGCCACCCUUUGCCUUGAUUUGCUUUACUCACUCUUGGCAUUCUCUCAACCAGCUUCAUGAGGUAGUCACCUGGAAUGCAUUUCAAUGAAUAGUAGUGCCAUGCUAAAACUUAAUCUGUGGAAUUUCUUUCCUUCUUAAUGCUUUGGAGCCAGUUGUGUUGUGACAAGGUGUGUGUGUGUGUGUGUGUGUGAGGGGGGGGG